AUGGCACCACUCCCCUUACCAGAAUCACGUUUUACAUCUCCACCCCCUCCUCCUUCGGUCAAGACAGCAACCGCCGCAGCAGUCAAUCAGCUAGGUCGUCUUCGAGUUCUCGUGUAUAUCUUCCUUGGCACAUCCGCUGCGUUUGGUUUGGGCUUUUUGGUCUGGAAGCUUGGAUCGUUGUUUCGUCAGUUCACAUUAGGAAGAAUCCUAAGCGAGCGAAAGCUGGCUGAGACGCGAUACAUCAAAACGUGGUAUGGCUGGAUUCCCCAGGACCGUUAUGACAUCCGAAAACAGAAGUGGAAAGGUCUGUAUUCGAACUUCAAGGACUGGUUUUCGUGGGAAGACAGUGACGACUACAACAAAAUAUGGUGGGAUUCAGAUCAUGGGGGAGACCAGACCCGUUGUAAAAGAAAAUUGGGUUCAGUAAGAGCACGUUUGAGGCGAGCUUCGAUAAUACGUCGGAAGUCACAACAUAUUGUUGUCAGUCCCGUCACCCGAGCUCCCACUGCUGCCAGCACCUAUCAUCUACCACAUCGGUCUUCAUCCGCAUACCUUACAUACCCCUUGUGCCUCAAACCAACCAAUCCGGUGGUAUCUAUCGACAAUCAUCCUGGUUUGCUUACCCCAAGAGUCGCUAGUGCGUUUCAGAGAAGACUUGGAGGACAAACCUCCCUCGAAUCACAGAUAUCAAUGGGCAAACCCAUUACUAGCUCUAUGAUUCGCCAAACUCGACAAUUAAGAUAUCUCCAAGAAUGGGCAACGAGAUUGGAAAUGGGCAGCCUGCAAUCAAUUUUGCCUCACCAGGCUGGGAUCUUAGGCCGGCCUGGCAGUCCAUUGCUUAGACUUCAUAGCAGCAGCGGCUCCAGCCAACAGACAGACUCCUGCGAAAUAUUAUUGCCUGAGACAUUGCCACUGCUGAGUUUCGCGCCGACAAACUCGCAACUCGUCCACACAAGUGCGUCAGAUCCCGGAGACAAUAUGCAUUCGAUCUCCGAACAGAACCACCUCAAGCCACAUAGAUGCUUGUCACGGAUUUGUCUAAGCAAUAAACAGUCGGAGGCCUUAGACGUCGAAUGGCGCUUUGUAGACACAGUAGACAGGCAUCUGGAGUGGUUGGCCAAUGAGUGUCAACCGGGUCAACGUGGGUUCAGGUUUCCAGUACUGCCAAAGAACUGGAUCAACAAUGGGAAGAGGCUCGUUUACACCAAUCCUUGCGGUGCGUCAGUCGAAUACAUGCGACAGUACGCACAAUGCGACGUUCGAGCAGAUGACUAUGAGCAGAUCGAUCAACGGAAAAGUUCGACUGCAGUUAGCCACAGGAGAGUGCGCGCCAAAUCCAUUGAGUCUUGGAGAGCUGCAAUCAAUAGAGAACGCCGACAUCACGAUAUGACAGGAGUGCGCUCUGUUGAGAUUUUCAUGAGCUCGGCAGAAGAUGUCACAGACACAGUCAUUGACCCGGCGAAUUGGAUACUUCGACGACCACCACAGGGAUUUGAGAUGCCGAGCAGGCAGAAAACCGCGAAUUGGUACGGUGGAAUUGGUAGAUGGGCAAAACUUGAGGAGUGGCAGGUGGUUGGUGGAAUCAAUGAUGAUCCCGCUGAUGUUCGAAAGAAACGAAUGGAUGUAUUUGCAAGUUCAGAAAGAGAGUUUUGGCGCAAUCAUGCCGAGAUUGUUUGUUCAUGA